AUGCAGGGACCCGUGCUAACAACGAUUUCUCGCAACAGAGCACAGACGUUCGAUGCGACCGUCGACUUCCUCCUCGUCCAGGCCACCGUCCUCACCGAACGCCACGUCUCCCAGGUCCGCGCGCAGACGCGCAAGGUCGCCACGCUCGGCACGGCCAAUCCAAACACCGCGGCCGGCCGCGACUCGCCGGUGAACUCGCCCUCGCUUACUUCGGAAGCCAUGGGACGGACGUUGUCGAGCGGUGGUGCCGGUGCCGGACCGUCCGGCUCCGGUGCUGGCGCGCGGACGGCCUCGGCAGAGACCAUGCGGCGAACAGCUUCGGCAGGCAGUCGUGCGGGGCCAGGGCCAGGGCCAGGGCCAGGGCCAGGGCCACGAACCCCGGGUGCCGUGGGCGGCAGCAGUGGCUCACGUCGCCCGUCCAUGGAGGACAGCCAGAUUCGCCCGAGCCGGUCCAUCCGGUCCAUCCGAUCAACCCGGCCGACGCUACAAACCAUCUCGUCGUUUUCGCCCCAGACAGCUGCGGCUGCGGCUGCGGCUGCUGCUGCCGGUGGCUCUACCGCAUCGCCCGUGGGCCGCGGACUGUCCCUUCGCCCGGCACAACCCACGGAUGCGGCUGGCGGGCGGCAGGGGGCCUACGACUCCGAGGGCGAGGACGAGGACGAGGCCUUUGCACCCUCGUCGCCCGCAGCCACGUCGGACUCGAGCUCGUCGUCGUCGUCCACCCCGUCGGAGCCCGUCAUGUCACGCAUCUUCCGACGCCCUCCAGGGCAUGUUCCACAGCAGCAGCAGCAGCAACAGCAGCAAGCACGAGACCGGGGCAGCAAAUCACACGCUGCAGGCGACGGCGACUUUGGCGUGAUUGGCCUGGGGAUCUCGUCGGGCGGCUCGGACGACGGCGAUGCCGAUGGCGAUGGCGAUGCCGAUGGGGACGGCGACGAGUCUGAAACCCAGGCAGCCUUUUUGCGGUACAAAGCGAGCAGCAAAGCGAGCAGCACAGCGACGCAUCCAACGGGCACCGGUAGUGGAAGCAGGCCGCAUCCACGCCAUCAGCACCAUCAGCACCAUCAGAAGCGGCACUCCACUGCCGACUCCGCGUCGCCGUCCUCGUCUGCCUCGGCGUCACCCACUACCAAAGCCUUUAAGACGCCCACCGUGGCGGCCGCGGCAGCAGCCGCUGCUACUGCAGUGCCGGGCUCCUCUUCCACGGCCAGCGCCAGCGCCAGCGCCAGCGCCAGCGCCAAGGCUGCCGCCCGCCUCCAGUCGUCCCGCGUUCCCGGCAUCCGAUCGCCGCCACGCCUCCAACACACGCUGUCUGCACGCAGCCCGGCCGUCCGCGCCGCCCGGGCCGCCUCGGGCAUCUCGCGCGAAGGCAGUGAGAUUGGCACCACCCCUAGCAUCGGCAGCAGCUUCAGUGAUCUUGAUGACGUUUCGUUCACACAGUCCGUUUUGGAUGAGGCACUCGCCAGCAAGGUGGAGGACACCGUCGUGACGCCCAACCCCAACAACAACAAUAGCGACCCCAUGGCGUCCUCGGCAACCCGCCGGCAGCGGUGA